AUGACUUGGCAUUCUGAAGGCCGAAUUAGAGAUGGAAAGCUUAGGCAUCCAGCAGAUUCUCCGCAGUGGAAAAAAUUUGACGAUGACCAUGAAGAGUUUGCAACUGAAACAAGGAAUAUACGUUUUGCAUUAGCAACCGAUGGAAUGAAUCCACAUGGCAUGCAAAGUAGCACCUAUAAUUUGAAGUUGUUGUGGGAUAAUGGCAUAGAAGUAUAUGACGGAUUUAGAGAUGAAAAUUUCAUUGUGAAGGCAAUGUUGUACGGAACAAUUAAUGACUUUCUUGCAUAUGGAAAUCUUUCUGGUUACAGCAUCAAAGGUUGGAAGAAGAUGUCAAUUUUCUUUCAGUUAUCGUACUGGGAAUCUUUAUACGUAAGAUACUUUGUUGAUGUUAUGCAUGUUGAAAAAAAUGUUUGUGAAAGUGUGAUUGGUACGUUAUUAGACAUUGUGGGAAAGAAGAAAGAUGGCAUCAAUGCAAGACUUGACUUGGUGAAGUUGGGAAUACGAUUCGAUUUGGCUCUAGUGAAGAAGGGAAAGCAGACCUUUUUACCUCCAACAGCAUGUACCCUGUCUAGAAAUGAGAAACGUGCUUUAUGUGAGACUCUUUAUUCAGUCAAGGUUCUAGAGGGAUAUUCAUCAAACAUUAAAAGUCUUGUAUCACUUAAGGACCUAAAGUUAAAAGGAUUGAAGUCUCAUGAUUGCCAUAUAUUAAUAGAGAAUUUAAUUCCUGUUGCUAUACGGUCUAUUCUACCCAAAAAGGUUCGCAUGGCAAUCACGAAGUUGUGUUUCUUUUUCAAGGCAAUAUAUAGCAAAGUGAUUGAUUCUGGGAGAUUAACAAGUUUCCAAAACCAAAUAGCUGAAACUUUAUGUGAGCUGGAAAUGUAUUUUUUACCGUCAUUCUUUGAUAUCAUAGUUCAUUUGACUAUUCACUUGGUUGAAGAGACAAAAUUAUGUGGCCCUGCAUAUAUGCGAUGGAUGUAUCCCGUUGAAAGAUAUAUGAAGAUUUUAAAAGGGUAUGUUAAGAAUAGAAGCAGACCAGAGGGUUGUAUUACUGAACAAUAUUUAGUGGAAGAAGCAGUGAAAUUUUGUUCUGAAUAUUUGUCAAAUGUUGAAUCAUGUGGCAUUCCAAAAUCAUGUCACCAUGGAAGGACUUUAGGGGAAGGUAGCAGUGGUUGUCAACAAAUAGAGGUCCCUAGACUGCAAUGGGAACAAGCACACUUGUAUGUAUUACAAAACACUCCUGAAAUUGAACCAUACAUAAGCUUGCACAAAGAUACACUGAAGCGUAGAAAUCCUACCAGAAGUGAGAAUUGGAUAACAAAAGAACAUAAUGUGCAAUUCAUUGGAUGGGAGUUGGAUUACACUAACUUUCGUGUAGCAAUCUUUGGAUGCAAGUGGGUAGACAACAACAGUGGUGUUCGCAUUGACGAUAUGGUCUUUAUAAGGGUGGAUUUUAAAAAGGUCAGUUACCAAGAUGAUUCGUUUAUCCUUGCAUCACAGGCUCGACAGGUGUUCUACAUCAUAGAUCCUGUAGACAAGUCAUGGUCAAUUGUCUUAACGUCUAAUAAAAUAAAUGCUUUCACCGAUGGAGAAUUAACAGAAGAAGUUAAUGUCGAGGAUGAUCCUUUGAGGAGUACUUAA